AUGGAGGGCGGACAUGCGACCCAUUACGUGCCAACAAUUGAUUACAACGGGGGUGAGUGGGUGGGAGGUGGGAGAGGGUGCGAUGUGACUGUGGAGGGCGGACACGAGAACCACCCUCUUCUCUGCAGAGUGAUAUUAACGGGUACGUUCCCGGCGCUAAUUCAUCCCUUCUUCCCCCUCUCCCCUCUCCUCCUCGCCCUCUCCCUUUCUGCCCCCUCCCCCACUCACCUCCUCCCUCCCCGCCCCUCCUCCCCAUGCAGUCGGCGCCCCCCUGUCGGCACCAUCUUUGGCACCAAGGUGGCCUUUACCGCACUGCCACUCACAGUCGGCACCAUCCUAGGCACGCUGGUGGCCUUUGCCGCACUGCCCCUUUCCUCCCUCUCCCCUCCCUUCCCACUUACCCCCUCUUUCCCCUCUUAUCGCCACCCCCCCCCUUCACCGUUUCUCCCCACGUGCAGUCGGCACCAUCUUUCGAACCCUGUCGGAACCAUCUUUGGUACCCUUGUGGCCUUUGCCGCCCUGCCACUCCGGUCGCUGGGCGGCGACGGUUGGAAGAUAGCGGCUGCACUGAUGGGCCGGCACAUAGGGGGAGCCGUGAAUUACGUGGCAGUGACAGCGGCAUUGCAGGCAUCACCAUUGGUAAUGACGGCAGCUCUGGCCGCCGCCAGCCUGCUGUGUGCGCUGCACUCGCACCCCAUCCCUAUCCCCCUCUUUCCCACUUCUCCAUUUCCCCGCUUCUCCAAUUUCCCACUUCCCCACGUCCUCCCCCCCACUUCCCCUCUCCCUUUUUUUCCACCCACCCCUCCCAGCUGUCAACUACGUAGAAGAGACAGACAGAGGCGCUACAGGCAUCACCGUGCUGUGAACUACGUGGCAGUAACAGAAGCACUGCAGGCAUCACCAUCGGUGGUGACGGCAGCUCUGGCAGCCGACAACCUGCUGUGCGCACUCCACUUCACGACCCUUUUCGCCAUCGCUGCUAGCAUACCUGCAGAAGGGGAGGGGAAGACGGAGAGCAGUGCUUCUGGCGCCGGUGAUGCUGCUGCUGCUGCUGCUGCUGCUGCUGAUGCUGCUGCUGCUGCUGCUGCUGCUGCUGAUGCUGCUGCUGCUGCUGCUGCUGCUGCUGCUGACACACAAGCAUCAACCUCACAGCCUUCAUUUGACGUGUCAGCAGCAGCCACCGCCCUCGCCCUCGCAGCCUCUCUCUGCUGGCUCGGCUCCUCUCUAGCAAAGAGACUAGCCUUCGUUGGAGGCACCAUCCCUUGUGUCACGGCGCUCGUGCUGGCCUUCGCUACAGUCACACCCAGCCUCGCCGCCCCUCUGGUUGUUCCCGGGGAAAAGAUGGCUGCGUUGAUGCUGCAGGUCUUCUUUGCUUCUAUCGGAGCCAACGGCAAUCUCUCUGCCAUCCUCUUAUCAGCACCCUCCCUCUUCCUCUUCAUCCUCCUCCAACUCUCCCUCCACCUCCUCUUCACCCUCUCCCUCGGUCGCCUCCUCUCACUCCCUCUAAAGCACCUCCUCAUUGCCUCCAAUGCCAACGUGGGAGGGCCAACCACAGCAGCCGGCAUGGCUGCCUCUAAAGGCUGGCGCUCCCUGACAGUCCCGGCUAUACUCGUGGGGAUUUUCGGCUAUGCGACAGCCACUUUCCUCUCAGUAGCGCUAGGCCAUACAGUCUUGAAGCCCAUGCAUCUGAGAGCACUGCUCUCCUAG